AGAUGUUCUAUUUGCGUGUAAUCAAUUGCUGCUACAGUUGAAAAACCUGAAUAAAGAAAGAGGCUUUAUGAAGAAUCGUGGUCGAGCCUGAGGGCUACUAACGUGUUCUGAUUUUCUUUCUAGAAGAUAUUCUGCAGCUUUCAACAUUUGUUUUAAAAAAAAAUAACUGCAAUUAAAUUGUACUGCACCUGCGCUUCUUGCAAAACCCAAAAUUGCUGAUUCAAAAAAAUUGAUGAAGAAGUAAAACUGGUUGGAAGGAAAGGAUAUUCCGUGGUGUAUAGAGAUGUUUAUGCUGAACACUUCACAGCUUCAGCAACAUGAACUGCGUAUGCUCAGUGGCAUGGCAAGGCACGUCUCACUUCGUGUUGAAUGCAAUCGUUACUCUGAGGAGCUGAGCGCGUUCUUAAAAGACAAGGAUAGCUUGUUGGUAGACGUUGUGAAGGCGCUGAAAAGAAUAACCAAUGAAUGGCGGUCUUGGAAUCACAAGUUAUUUGGAGGACUGAGUCCAAAAGCGUACGUCGCUUCCGUUGAUCAGAUUUUUGAAUUGCUAGAAUGGACAGAAAAGACUUACCCAAACAUACAUCAAAUUGAGAGUGGUUCCAAAAGCCACUGGAAGUUCUGCGUUGACACCCUCAAAAGAUACAUAACAAUACACGCGCAGAUGCAAAGGUUUUACUCAAAAUUCGUGCUUAAUAUUUAUUCUCCACUCACUGUAUACUAUAAAAACAAGAGCAGCCGAAAAACUAUUGCAGCGCUGAGGAAAACUCUGAACAACUGGAGCAUCUUGCAGCAGACUGGUGCCAUGAUCAAUGAAAGUUGCUUUACAGAAGAAAGCAUUCAGUUCUUCAUGGAAAUAAUGUACCAUUCUGGGUGCAGAGAUUUCUAUCUUGUUCUCCGGCUUAUCCCUGAUUUAUGCAUGAAAGCAGCCGAAUGCGUGCAUACAGUCAAAGUUUUGCUUGAUGCCAAUGAAAGCGAUGGGUUCUCAAGGGAACGAGCAUAUAUAUUUGAGGUAUGGCGACCAAUACAACACUUUGACAUUCAAACACGUUGGGAGAAAAAACUUUCUGAGCUCUCUACAGAAAAUGAGGUUGUUGAAGAGCAUAUGAACAAGUACAAUUUGCAACAGAAAACCAUUUCCGAAAGUUUGCAAGAAACACGCGAGAAAGUCAGGGGAAUAAAUGAAAAGGUCGAUGAAACAGCGCUGAGCAAAACAAAAAUCGAGGAACGCAUCAAUGACUUAUGUACGGGUCUGGCUUAUUAUAAAUUUAAGGCAAAAGAAUUAAAACGAUGUAUUUCUAGGAAUCUGAAUAAAAUGUUUAUAAGUACUCGGACAUUGAUAAGUACGGAAGAUACAAGAAAAGAUCGUUGGGCAUCCACUGUAUCAAAUAAUUCUACUCAGGAAUCAACCACGAGAUACUCGUGUUUGCGUGAUCUUCCAUCUUCGAACACAGUCGACAGCUUGAGGCUAGAGUUGAUAUCAGCAGAAUGCGAGGCUGGUAGAAUUCAAGAACUUCUCACCUCGGCUCGCAAUGAACUAUUCAAGAUUGAAACGGAGCUUAAGUAUGAAGAAGAGGAGCAAAGCAAAUUGAGAAGGCUGGAAGAUCUUUUAGAGCAAGAGAAAAUGGAGUUGGAAGCGAAAGUGGCUGAUAUCGAGAUGAAAGAUAGAGUGCUGAAAGGAUACAUGUCUAGGAUAAAGAAAAAUGUAAAAAAAACUGAAAAUAAACUGCCACCUAUCGCUGUGACCUCAUCGAAAACAGAAGAGGAACGAAAAGUGAAAUAUGAAGCGGAGACGUGAUCUUUAGUUCAUUUUAAGUGUUACAUGGAGGUGGGCUAGCUGGCUUACUGAGCUACAAUCCCGGACAAAAAUAGUUGAGAAUUUUCAAGACAACUCUUUGUUUUCUCUUUCUUUUGAAAAAUAGCUUCCCCCUCCUCCAAUUCAAUGUUGAAUGCAUGAUCUUGUAGCAAAAAUGAUAGAACUACAAAUCCAACAUUGCUUGGGGGAAAGGGGGGAUUAGAAUUUACAGGGGCGAGGUAAAGUAGAAAAUCAUAAAAAUUGCAUUUUGUCUCAACGUUUUUGUCCGGAAUUGUAGUUUGUCUUAGCUUGUCUUAAUAGGAUCCAGCAAAACAAUAAAAUGUAUUGUUUAUUAGCCUUUCGUUUACACGAGUUCAGAGCGAUUCGGUUAGGCGAGAUCUGUUUGAAAUGGAAAGGAGUAUCGGUGCAAUGUGAAUGCAAUAUUUUGCUUUGUAUCAGUUGUAUACACAGACAGAAAGAAUGCCGCGAUUGAAGCUUCAAGCUGUAGCUUCAAGUGUAGACAAUAAAUGAAUCAUCCCAACGGGGCGAGCUAGCUUGGUUAAUUCUCCAGUGCCACCUCCAUGUAAACAGGCCUAAGAUGAUUACUGUGGCCUGUCUGCACAAAAUAGUUAGAAAAUGCUCUAUUGAUAAGACGGAAUUGCCUACGUUCACAAAUAACAGUCCCACUUCCCCAUUAUACAUUCAAUAACCUGUUUGCACAGAUAAAGGAUUGUAUUCUAAUAGAUUAAGCCAGCAAAUGACGAAAAGAUAUGGUCAAAAAUAGUAUUUCUUGCAUUGUGUGCCUGUUAUGACGUAUAACUACUAUAUACAAUAUACCAAUGUUUAAAAUAUGUGAUUGAGCUGUCUGAUGACGUAAUAAAGCAUCUGCAAAAGUGCGCAUAGUAAAGAAGCAAAUCGGAUGUACUCUAAAUCGAACUUAACAGAUUCUGUGAAGAUGAAGUCAAGAGUUGUAAUCAAAGAAAAUGAGAGACCGGCAAUAAACAUCACGUCAAGAUUUUCAACACGUCAAGUUCAUUUCAACAACUUUAUCAAAAAAAAUCACAACUGUAUUUCUUGAAUCAUUUACACUUUACAUCUAUCAAGUUUUUGCACAAAUGCCACUUCGUCGAAACUUGCUUUUCUACUGUAUUAAGAAUGCUGUCUUAAAAUGUCUAAUAGAUACCCAUAAAAUCAUCAACUACUGUAAAUCCAAACUUGAAUCUAAUCUGUAGAUAAAUACACGUGAUGUCAGGUUAGUCGGUUUAUUAACAAUCGCAAUAAUUAACAUAAUAAUAUUACAUCAAUCAAUUUUUCUUUAAAUAAAAUAGUUGGAUAGAAUAAUAAUGAAUCACAAAAUUUCGUCAUAAGUUGUAAACUAUGAAACAAAACCCCAUUCUAGAACGUAACAUACUUUUUGGGAACACAAAAUGAAUUAUAAUCAAAACAUAUUAAUUCAUUUUUCAAGAAAAGCUCUGAUGUUCAUGGUUUUUCAACGAUGAUCUAUUUAUUACGCAUCAAAAUUCAUUUACCAUGGAAGGCCAAGCCACAGAGAAAUGAAUACAUUUCAUUUUCAUACCUAGAAGUUAAAAUCAUAUUUUCCCCCCUGAAUCCUUGAUGAAAUUUUGAACUUAUUGACAUUAUUCACAAACAUGUUUGAAAAUUCUCAAUGCUUAAACAUUCAAGCAAAGUGUUCUGGAAAGCAAAAUGCAAACUUCCUUCAACUAUAUACCUGAACCAGUUUAUCAGCUAUUCAAAACUACUUCCCUUUAGUCACAGUAUUAAAACUACUGGAAAAGUCACGAGGUCUAUAACCUAUCAAUACUUGAGACCCCGCUCACAAGCUCGACUCUUCAUCUGUGCAGCUUCUUUCUUCUUCCUUCACGUCUUCUUCGGCUACAUUGUUUACGUACGCAUGAGCAACGACAACAUUAUUCUUUGCAGCAU